UAUCAGCGGGCGACGGAACGCGCUCGGGGCUCAGUUGAAUCUCAACUGCUCCGUUGGAUAGAGCCCAGUAUCACGGUAUCGCUCGUGAAGUGAGCAGCAGCAGCAGCAGCAAGCAGCAGCAUCAGCAGCAGCAAAAGCACAAGCAGCAGUUCCUAGUGAUCGAAUCCUAGUGGCGAACAGGACAAGGUGUCGCAAGGACGCUUCAGUGCUAUGAGUGCGCGGAGUGGCACCUCUAUCAGCCAGCGUUAAGAAGUUUCUUCAAGUUUUUGUUUUCUGUCUGACACCAAGACACCCUCCCCGGACCACCGUUCAGUUCCCAGGUUAUCAGCGGCAUUCGCGAAGGAACCAGCAUGUCGGCGGCAAACUGUGAGAUCACCAUCACGGGACCGCAGGAGGCUCAAGCCAAGAGUAGCCUGAUCGUCGUCUCUAACCGGUUGCCAUUCGUACUGAAACGUGACCCCAAGACGGGCGCCCUGAGUCGUCAUGCCAGCGCCGGAGGCUUAGUCACGGCCGUAGCACCGGUCGUCAUCAAGGGCAAAGGACUAUGGGUCGGCUGGUCCGGCAUUACGCUAACGGACGAGAACGAACCGAUCCCGGAGUCGGAUCCCUCGGACAACACACCGACGGCCGGUCUACUGUCGGAGCAAGUUGUCUCGGUCAACGUGGAACCGCAGCUGUUCGAUAGCUACUACAAUGGAUGCUGCAACGGGACGUUCUGGCCACUGUUCCACUCGAUGCCCGGCCGGGCUACGUUCUGUGCCGAUCACUGGCGCUCGUACUACACCGUCAACAAGGAGUUCGCAUCGCGCACGAUCGAGGCACUCGAGAAAUGCCUAAAGAAAAACACACACCCUGGUGUACCGUUGAUCUGGAUCCACGAUUACCAUCUGAUGCUGGCGGCGAACUGGAUCCGGGAGGCAGCGGACGAGAAGAACCUACCCUACCAGAUGGCCUUCUUCCUGCACAUUCCCUUCCCACCGUGGGACAUCUUCCGCCUAUACCCAUGGUCGGACGAGAUCCUGCAGGGUAUGCUGGCGUGCGAUAUGAUCGGGUUCCACAUUCGCGAUUACUGUCUCAACUUUGUCGACUGCUGCCAGCGCAAUCUGGGAUGCCGCGUGGAUCGCAAGAACCUGCUGGUCGAGCACGGUGGCCGAUCGGUGCGAGUACGUCCGCUACCGAUCGGCAUUCCGUUCGAUCGGUUCGUCGAGCUGGCACAAACGGCCCGCAAGGUGAUCAACACGAACCAGAAGAUCAUCCUCGGUGUUGAUCGGUUGGACUACACGAAGGGGUUGGUCAAUCGGCUAAAGGCGUUCGAGGUGCUUCUGGAGAAGCACCCGGAACACCGGGAAAACGUAAGUCUGCUUCAGAUUUCCGUACCAUCGCGUACGGACGUGAAGGAGUAUCAGGAGCUGAAAGAGGAGAUGGAUCAGCUGGUGGGCCGGAUUAAUGGACGCUUCACAACGGCCAACUGGUCCCCGAUUCGCUAUAUCUACGGUUGCGUCGGGCAGGAGGAACUCGCCGCGUUCUAUCGGGAAGCGUCGGUCUGUCUGGUGACUCCGCUGCGCGAUGGCAUGAACCUGGUGGCCAAAGAGUUUGUCGCUUGCCAGAUCCAUGAGCCACCGGGCGUACUGGUUGUGUCGCCGUUUGCCGGUGCCGGUGAGACGAUGCACGAGGCACUCCUCUGCAAUCCGUACGAGCUGGAUGCGGCCGCAGAGGUGAUACACCGUGCGCUAACGAUGCCGGAAGACGAGCGGACACUACGGAUGUCGCGAAUGAGGCGGCGAGAGAUGCAGAACGACGUCAACAGCUGGAUGCGACAGUUCCUCAAAGCGAUGGGGUCGCUGGAGGAGGAUGACAUCGGUACGACCACCAUGCAACCGGUCACGGUGGACGACUUCGACGACUAUCUGCUGUCUUACAUCGGAUACAAUCACAAGCUGGCGCUGCUGCUGGAUUACGAUGGAACGCUAGCACCGAUUGCGCCACAUCCGGAUCUGGCCACCCUGCCACCGGAAACGAAGAAUGUCCUGCAACGGCUCUCCAACCACUCGGACGUGUACGUAGCCAUCAUCUCGGGGCGUAACGUGGAGAACGUCAAGCAGAUGGUCGGCAUCGAGGGCAUUACCUACGCCGGUAACCACGGUCUCGAGAUCCUGCACCCGGAUGGUAGCAAGUUCGUCCAUCCGAUGCCGAUCGAGUACGAGGACAAGGUUAGCGGUCUACUCAAAUCCCUCCAGGACUCGGUUUGUGGUGAUGGCGCCUGGGUGGAGAACAAGGGACCUCUGCUGACGUACCAUUACCGGGAGACACCGGUCGAGUUGCGGCCAGCCAUGGUCGAGAAGGCACGCCAGUUGAUCAUUCAGUUCGGAUUCCGGGCGGCCGAAGCACAUUGUGCGAUCGAGGCGAAACCACCGGUCCAGUGGAAUAAGGGCCGUGCCUCGAUCUACAUCCUGCGUACCGCUUUCGGUGUCGAUUGGAGUGAACGCAUCAAGAUUAUCUACGCCGGCGAUGAUAUGACGGACGAGGAUGCCAUGAUGGCACUCAAGGGUAUGGCGGCCACGUUCCGCGUCACCAACUCGCAGAUCGUCAAAACGUCGGCCGAGCGGCGCCUACCGUCCACCGAUUCCGUGCUCACGAUGCUCAAGUGGGUCGAGCGUCAUUUUAUGCGCCGUAAGCCACGUGCCAACAGCCUCACGUAUCGGGGCAAGAAGAAGGAUUGCGUCAAGAUGCAGAUGGCGUUCGAUCUGGUGCCGAACACGAGUGCGGCCAACAGUGCCGCCAGCAGUUCCGAUGAGCGGGAUUAGCGCAUAAGUUCCUAUACACGUCUCCCUCUUCCCCCCCCCCCCCCCUUCCAUUUCCUUUCCAUUCCGCUCCUGGUUCCGUCCUAGAGACGCUAUAGUAUGCUAGAACGUGCCACAUUCCGAACCCUUUAAAUCCCAUUCAUCCCCAGCGUAUGGAUUACAGAUACUUGAAUGUACUAUCGCCGCCCUCCCCAGAAACACUUAGCGAGUGUUUCUCGAUCCCUGGCCAUUAUCCCACCAAACCACUAAAAAGCUGUAAUCUUAUGAAUUGUUUUGUUUUAGUCUGGGUUGCGAUUUGUUGCUGAGCGGAACGCGCAAAUCGAACGCGUUCGCGAUGUCGCUCGUUAAUGAUGAGAAUCGAUGAUAUUCCUAGAAUGUCUGCUCCAUUUAGGGUUAGGUUAGAUCAAUAAAUUUUAAAGCGGCUUUUACGAAAACCCCCAAUGAU